AUGGUUAAACGACCACCAAAGUGCAAGGGAGGUGCAGAGAAAUUACAGGAGAAAAAGAUUAAGGAUCUACAGGAGAUCAUCCUGAAGCGAGCGGCCGACCUCACCGAGGCGCUCUACAGCGUCCCCCGCAGCCACAACCAGCUGCCGUCUCUCACCGGCUCUGCCGCGCACUCGGGGAUGAUGGGAGUCAACUCGUUCAGCAGCCAGCUCGCCGUCAACAUCUCCGAGGCCUCGCAGGCCGACCAGGGUUACUCCCGUAACUCGAACAGUGUGUCUCCUCGCGGCUACGUGCCGACCUCCACGCCUCAGCAGUCCAACUACAACACCAUCACGUCCACCAUGAACGGAUACGGAGCGGGGAUGACCAACCUGGGCGUGCCCGGGUCCCCCAGCUUCCUCAACGGCUCCACCAACUCUGCUUACGCAAUCAAACAGAAGAGCGCCUUCGCCCCCGUCGUGCGGCCACAGACCUCCCCGCCCCCCACCUGCACCACCACCAAUGGCAGCAACCUCCAGGCGAUGGCCGGUCUCAUCGUGCCGCCCAUGUGAUGAUCCAGUCAGACCCCCCUGACCCCCCCCCCCCUCUGGCCCCGCCCACCUGAAACGCCACAACAACAACAACAACAACAACAACAACAACAACAACAACAGCAACAACAGCAACAACAACAACAGCAGCGUAAAAUCCUUCCCAUCAUCCCAUGGACCGACCCAGAAUCCAUCAGAACCUCGGACUCGCCAUCCAUUCGCUUGCCGCUGGCGUGCGUCUAAAGCCGCUACGCAGCGGCAGAGGUGCUCCCUCUGAGGGGGUCAAAG